UAGGCACAGUAAACACUAGGCUAGCAGCUCAGGAGCAGGACUGAUCACCCACAGGCUCUCUGCAGAAUUUAUUUCAUACUUACGUUUAUGUACAAUAAAAAUAUUAUAACUGAAAUCGGUAAGUUUUUGUUUUCACUGGAGACUCUGUUUAAUGAUUAUCAGCGGGCGGCUCGGAGGAAUCUGCCCUGAGUCAGUGCGCCUUUCCCGGCAGGACUGCAACUCGAGCCCGGGGAUUGAGUCACGGCCUGGUGUAAACAGCUCGGGCACAGAGUUGAAGCAGAAUUCUAGUUUCCUCUGUGUCCAGGGAGCAGAAUAUUAGAGCUGACAAACACUUCUUACUUUAUCAUUCUGUACUGCACCUCUUCCUGUCUGGAUGUUCUGGAUGCGCCCUACGUAGUGCACAAGGGGAGGAAGGGAGCAAGUGUUUUGGGAAACAUAGUGAAUAUAAAUCAUUAUUGAGAGCUCACUGACUGAGGGGGAGGAGCUACAGUGCUGGAGGUUGAUUGCUCUGGUUGCUGAUUGGUUGAUUGCUGUCCAGGAUGUCAGACUCUGACAGUGAGGAGGAUCAGGACCGCCCCUUCCACCUGACCGGCUUCCUGUUCGGAAACAUCAACGAGGAUGGACAGCUGGAGGACGACAGUGUCCUGGACAUGGAGAGUAAGAAGCACUUGGCAGGUCUGGGCUCCCUUGGUCUGAGCGCGCUCAUUACAGAGAUCACUGCCACUGAGGAGGACACUGAGCAGAGCACUGACGCAGACGGCUGGGUGAAGAGCACUGAGGAUGCAGUGGAUUACUCAGACAUCAGUGAAGUCGCUGAGGAUGAAACCCGAAAAUACAAACAAGCCAUGAGUAGCAUUCAGCUGUCACGCAGAACAGAUGAUGAUGAUGAUGAUGAUUAUGAUGCUGACUCUGAGGACAUUGAUGCUAAGCUCAUGCCCCCACCCCCUCCACCAAGCCAGCCAAUCACAGCGAAGAAAGAAGACCCGCCCACUCCGAGCUCCAGUGUGAGUGAUGAAGGGGAUGGUAUUAUUCUUCCCUCCAUCAUUGCUCCCUCCUCUGUUGGGGAGAAGGCGGAGUUUAGCAGCUCCUCAGACAGCGAAAGUGAAUGUGAUAGGCCGACGCCCACUGGAGGGGUGAGGCUUCAGUCCAGCCUCACACUCCCAUUGGCUGGAAUCAUGCAGAAGGACACGGCUAAAACUCUGCCUCAAGUAACCGAGCUGUUCCCCGAGUUCAGACCGGGCCAGGUUCUGCGGUUCCUGCGUCUCUUUGGUCCCGGUAAGAACAUGCCGUCAGUGUGGCGUAGUGCUCGGAGAAAGAGGAAGAAGAAACACAAAGAUGCACACUCGGAAACGCCCACUGCUGAUGGUGAAUCACACACUCCGGAGGGCGGAGACGAGAAGAAAUCUGGAUGGCAUUAUGAAUACGCCCCGCCCCCUCCGCCAGAGCAGUGCCUGUCUGAUGAUGAGAUCUCCAUGAUGGCGCCGGUGGAGUGUAAGAGUGUGUCAGUGGUGUGUGAGGGUGAGGGUGUGUGUGAGUCGAGGCCGCGUGUAGCCGAGUGGCGCUACGGUCCGGCUCAGCUGUGGUACGACAUGUUGGGCGUGCCCGAGGAUGGGGUGGGAUUUCACUAUGGCCUCACACUGCGCCAGGACAACACUGACACACACACUGAAACACACGCAGAUGCGCUCACUGAAACACACACCGAUACACACACACCUGACGCAGAGCAGAGCAGCGAACAAGACAAGCAGCAAUUUGAGCUGGAGGACGAGCUCUUCCUCAUGGUCACACAGCUGCAGUGGGAGGACGACAUCAUCUGGAACGGAGAGGAUGUGAAACACAAGGGCACUAAGACCCAGAGGGCCAGUCUGGCAGGGUGGCUUCCCUCCAGCAUGACUCGCAAUGCUAAUGCUUACAACGCACAACAGGGUCUGAGUCGGAGCAAUUCCCAGCUGAUACCCCCAACUCCACCCCCCAUUCCCAAAACUCCCUCUAUAACGGGCUCCAAACGUGAUAAGCACAGUCAAGAAGUUUCCCAUGAGGGCGAUGCGCUGUGGUACUCCAUUUUCCCGAUCGAUAAUGAGGAGCUUGUGUAUGGACGAUGGGAAGACAUCAUCAUCUGGGACGAUCAGAACAUGGCCCAUCUGCUGUCUCCUCCUGUCCUGACCCUUGACCCCAAUGAUGAGAACAUCAUACUGGAGAUCCCCAGUGAGAAGGAGGAAAGGACAUCUCACUCUCCAUCUAAAGAGAAUAAGAAGGAGUCGUCUCUGAAAAAGAGCCGCAUUUUGCUCGGGAAAACGGGCGUCAUUAAAGAGGAACCACAACAGAAUAUGUCCCAGCCAGAGGUUAAAGACCCUUGGAAUCUGUCCAAUGAUGAGUUCUACUACCCCAAACAGCAGGGUCUGAGGGGCACGUUCGGGGGUAACAUCAUUCAGCACUCUAUCCCGGCGUUGGAGUUGAGGCAGCCGUUCUUCCCGACCCACAUGGGCCCAAUGAAGCUGCGUCAGUUCCACCGUCCCUCACUCAAGAAGUACUCAUUCGGUUCCCUGUCUCAGCCUGGACCUCACCCAGUGCAGCCCCUCCUCAAACACAUCAAGAAGAAGGCUAAGAUGAGGGAGCAGGAGCGACAGGCCUCAGGGGGCGGGGACAUGUUCUUCAUGCGCACCAAUCAGGAUCUAACAGGUAAAGAUGGAGACCUGAUCCUGGCAGAGUACAGUGAGGAGUACCCGCCCCUCAUGCUGCAGGUUGGCAUGGCAACCAAGAUCAAAAACUACUACAAGAGGAAGCCUGGUAAAGAUCCCGGUGCUCCAGACUAUAAGUAUGGAGAGACUGUGUACUGCCACACUUCUCCUUUCCUGGGAUCACUCCAUCCUGGACAACUGCUGCAGGCAUUUGAGAAUAACCUGUUCCGAGCUCCCAUCUACCUGCACAAGAUGCCGGAGACGGACUUCCUUAUUCUCCGGACUCGUCAGGGUUACUUCAUCCGUGAAGUGUUGGACAUAUUUGUAGUGGGACAGGAGUGUCCUCUGUAUGAAGUCCCCGGACCCAAUUCCAAACGGGCCAAUACACACAUCCGGGACUUCCUACAGGUGUUUAUCUAUCGCUUGUUCUGGAAGAGUAAGGAUCGGCCGAGACGGAUUCGGAUGGAGGAUAUAAAGAAGGCGUUUCCCUCUCACUCUGAGAGCAGCAUCCGCAAACGCCUCAAACUCUGCGCAGAUUUCAAACGCACCGGGAUGGACUCUAACUGGUGGGUGCUGAAGCCGGAUUUCCGGCUGCCUACAGAGGAGGAGAUCAGAGCCAUGGUGUCUCCUGAGCAGUGCUGCGCUUAUUACAGCAUGCUGGUAGCAGAGCAGAGGCUCAAGGAUGCUGGUUAUGGUGAGAAGUCCUUCUUUGCUCCAGAGGAAGAAAACGAGGAAGACUUCCAGAUGAAGAUCGACGAUGAGGUGCGCACAGCUCCAUGGAACACCACGCGUGCAUUUAUUGCAGCGAUGAAUGGGAAGUGUUUGCUGGAGGUCACUGGAGUUGCAGAUCCCACCGGCUGUGGAGAGGGAUUCAGCUACGUCAAAGUACCGAACAAACCCACGCAGCAGAAGGACGAGCGAGAGCCUCAGCCUGUGAAGAAGACAGUAACAGGAACAGACGCUGAUCUGAGACGCCUUUCACUCAAAAAUGCUAAACAGCUCCUGCGUAAGUUCGGCGUGCCCGAGGAGGAGAUUAAGAAGCUGUCCCGUUGGGAGGUGAUUGACGUUGUGCGCACCAUGUCGACGGAGCAGGCGCGUUCAGGAGAGACGCCGAUGAGUAAAUUUGCUCGCGGGUCGCGGUUCUCUGUUGCUGAACAUCAGGAGCGAUAUAAAGAGGAAUGCCAGCGCAUAUUCGACCUGCAGAACAAGGUGUUGGAGAGUACGGAGGUGUUGUCCACAGACACAGACAGCAGUUCUGCGGAGGACAGUGAUUUUGAGGAGAUGGGGAAGAACAUCGAGAACAUGUUGCAGAACAAGAAGACGAGUUCUCAGCUGAGCCGUGAGCGAGAGGAGGAGGAGAGGAAGGAGCUGCAGCGCAUGCUGAUGGGGGACGAGGGGAUGGAGCGAGACAAGGGCAGGAAGGACAGACGCAAAGGCCUCUCGAGCGCUCAGUCCACCGGCUCCCAUAAAGACGAUGAUGCGUCCUCAGUGACGAGUCUGAACUCCUCGGCGACGGGGCGGCGGCUGAAGAUCUACCGCACGUUCCGUGAUGAGGACGGUAAAGAGUAUGUGCGCUGUGAGACGGUCCGCAAACCUAACGUCAUCGACGCGUACCUACGCAUCCGCGCCACCAAAGACGACGACUUCAUCCGUAAGUUUGCCCUAUUUGAUGAGCAGCAUAGGGAGGAGAUGCGUAAGGAGCGCAGACGCAUUCAGGAGCAGCUGCGCAGGUUGAAGCGCAAUCAGGAGAAGGACAAGUUCAGAGGACCACCUGAGAAACGACCCAAAAAAGCCAAGGAGAGACCUGACCUCAAGCUGAAGUGUGGAGCGUGCGGUGCUAUUGGUCACAUGAGAACCAAUAAGUUUUGCCCGUUGUACUAUCAGACGAAUGCCCCUCCCAGUAAUCCUGUUGCUAUGACGGAGGAACAGGAGGAGGAGCUUGAGAAGACGGUCAUCCACAACGAUAACGAAGAGUUAAUUAAAGUAGAGGGAACCAAGAUUGUCCUGGGCAAGCAGCUCAUUGAGAGUGCGGAUGAGGUGAGGAGGAAGUCUCUGGUGCUGAAGUUCCCUAAACAGCAGCUUCCUCCGAAAAAGAAGAGACGCGUCGGCAGCACAGUCCACUGUGACUACCUCAAUCGUCCUCACAAGUCGAUCCACCGCAGGAGGACGGACCCGAUGGUCACUCUGUCCUCCAUCCUGGAGAGCAUCAUCAAUGACAUGAGGGACCACCCCAAUACGUACCCGUUCCACACACCUGUGAACAGUAAGCUGGUGAAGGAUUAUUAUAAGAUCAUCACUCGGCCGAUGGACCUGCAGACGCUGCGUGAGAACGUGAGGAAGCGCCUGUACCCAUCCCGAGAGGAGUUCAGAGAGAGCGUGGAGCUCAUCGUCAAAAACAGCGCCACGUAUAAUGGAGCGAAACACCCUCUGACGCAGGUGGCUCAGUCCAUGCUGGACCUCUGUGAUGAGAAACUGAAAGAGAAGGAGGAGCGUCUGGUACGCCUGGAGAAGGCGAUUAACCCGCUGCUGGAUGAUGAUGAUCAGGUCGCCUUCUCCUUCAUCCUGGACAACAUCGUCACUCAGAAGAUGAUGGCUGUUCAUGAGUCAUGGCCGUUUCAUCACCCUGUGAAUAAGAAGUUUGUUCCUGAUUAUUAUAAAGUCAUCACAAACCCCAUGGACCUGGAGAACCUCCGGAAGAACAUCUCUAAACACAAGUAUCAGAAUCGAGAGAUUUUCCUGGCAGAUGUUAAUCUGAUCCACACCAACAGUGUCAAGUACAAUGGUCCUGACAGCUCUUACACGAAGACAGCUUUGGAGAUUGUCAAUGUGUGCAAGCAGACUUUAGCAGAGUAUGAUGAACACCUGACUCAGCUGGAGAAGGAUAUCUGUACAGCUAAAGAAGCUGCUCUGGAUGCUGCGGACCUUGAGAGUCUGGAUCCUCUUACACCUGGACCAUACACUCCUCAGGGCCGUGGGCGGGGCCGAAUGGGAGAGGAGGAGUCUGAUGUUGAUAUUGAAGGAUUUGAAGAUGAUGAUGAUGGAAAACCCAAAACACCUGCUCCGGCUGAGGAAGGAGACCUGGAUGAUGAAGAUGAGGAUGAUGAUGAGAUGCUGUUGCCGGGGCGUGGCCAUCUGGAGGAUGAUGAUGAUGAUGAUGAUGAUGAAGGCUUGAGCAGGCCGGUGCAGUCCAGCGUCCUCUACCAGGACCUGCUGAUGUCUGAGGGAGAGGACGAGUGCAGUGACGAGGAGGGAGACAACCCCUUCUCCUCCAUUCACCUGUCAGAGAGUGGGAGUGACAGCGAUCGGGAGGUGGGACAUCAGGACUCCACUCGCAUGGGCAUGGAGCACGAGGAGAGUAUGAUGUCGUAUGAGGGGGAGGGGCCUGACGAGGACACACACAUGGAGGACAGCAACGUCAGUUACUGCAGCUAUGACGAUGGAGACAGUCGACACCAGGGGCGGAGCUUCAGUCCUGAGGGGGAGGGCCAGGAGCAAGGGGAGGGCCCUGGGGAUGGAGUUAGUGAUGAGGAGGAGGAAGAUGAGAGUGAGGAGCGGAGGAGAGGACCGAGCGUGCUGACCCGUGUCCAGCUCAGUGAGGACGAGGAGGACAUCUGUCAAAAUGUAGAAGACUUUGGACGUUGCUCAGGCCCCUGGACCUGUGAUGAAAAAGUCAGUAAGUGCUCCUGUAAGUCACAGACUCCUUACUGCAGAUGUAAUAAUUAUAUUGAUGAGUUUUAUCUUGGGAAGAGCUGCUCUCAGAAAUGGACAGCGUUGUCCUUUGCCCUUGUAGCAACACUUCCUGGAGUUGCGCUGGCGUUUGUGAUCGGACUCUCUGUUCACCUGGCAUACAGAUUCAGGAAAUCCAGCAAGAGUCACAGAGCAGGGCAUGAACUCACCCACAGUCCAGAGGAGAACUUGUUCCCUGGAGUUGUUUUUGCAUCUGACUUGCCAGCUCCGCCUCCUCCAGGCUCCACGCCAGCGCAGAUGGGGAUUCCCAUGGCAUCGUCUCAGCUGUACAGUGUGCCAGACAACACACAAUUUCCACCUGGCGGACCGCCGAUGGGAGCUCCUCGUCCGCCGAUGGGAGCUCCUCGUCCGCCGAUGGGAGCUCCUCGUCCGCCGAUGGGAGCUCCUCGUCUGCCGAUGGGAGCUCCUCGUCCACAGUACAGUCUGCCCCCCUUAUCACCAACACUGAGCAGGCCUGAGCAGCCCCCCUACAGCGCCACAGGGGCUCAUGUGCUCAGUAACCCGAAUGCUAGAGCGAGGAACCCGUAUGAGGACAUCAACGUGUCCACGGAACCGUACAACCGAGCAGCUUCAUCUUAUGAGGAGCAGAGGAUGGCUCCGCCCCCUGCUCCGUCCUACGGUGCUCCUGAAUAUCACAGUGCGUUUCCUCGAGCUCAGAUCUCACGCCCCUACUGAGCACCUGCACAUCUCGCACACCGCCGCCGUGUGUUUGACUGUCAUUAAGAUGUAAAUUAUUUCCACUGAUUGUAUUUGUGUAUUGAAUAAUCAUUAAAUUGAAUGUUUCAUAAAAAAACCUUAUGCACACUAUUGCUUCACUUUUCUUUCAUGAUAAACUCCACUCACUUUCUGACCUGAAAUGAUGAAGAGAAUUAAAACUUAGACAUUUUUGAAAUGUUUUCAGGAUUAAAUAUUUACUGUAAGUCUUUACUUUGUGCCAAAAAUAAAACAUUUCAAGCAAAACAA